AGGGUUUUGCUCAGAAGCCAUCAAACUCAAAAGGCCGAGAGAGAGAACGCCACUCUGCGUUCCCCUCGCCACAGCAAGAGAGAGAGAGAGAAAACACCACCCCGAAAUGGCACCAAAAAAGGUUGGAAAAGCUCCAGUACCGGCCAAGAAGAAGGCGGAGAAGGUUGUGAAUCCAUUGUUUGAAAAGCGGCCCAAACAAUUUGGAAUUGGUGGUGCAUUGCCACCUAAAAAGGAUUUGCACAGGUUUGUUAAAUGGCCAAAGGUAGUUCGUAUCCAAAGGCAGCGCAGGAUUCUGAAGCAACGUCUGAAGGUCCCUCCUGCUUUGAACCAGUUUACAAAGACGCUUGACAAGAAUGUUGCGACAAACCUGUUCAAGAUGCUGCUGAAGUAUCGGCCAGAAGACAAAGCUGCCAAGAAGGAAAGGCUUUUGAAGAGGGCUCAGGCUGAGGCUGAAGGGAAACCAGUGGAGAUCAAAAAGCCAAUCGUUGUAAAAUAUGGCAUUAAUCACGUGACCUAUCUUAUUGAGCAGAACAAGGCCCAGUUGGUAGUCAUUGCACAUGAUGUGGACCCAAUUGAGCUUGUUGUAUGGCUACCUGCCUUGUGCCGGAAAAUGGAGAUCCCUUACUGCAUUGUGAAAGGCAAAGCACGUCUUGGAGCGGUUGUUCACAAGAAAACAGCUACAGCUCUUUGUCUCACUUCUGUGAAGAACGAAGACAAACUAGAGUUUAGCAAGAUAAUUGAAGCUGUCAAGGCCAACUUCAAUGACAAAUAUGAUGAGCACAGGAAAAAGUGGGGCGGUGGCAUUAUGGGUUCUAAAUCUCAGGCCAAGACUAAAGCCAAAGAAAAGCUCCUAGCUAAGGAAGCUGCUCAAAGAAUGAGUUAGGAUCAGGCCUGAGCCGGUAUAUCUAGGAAACAAUUGGCAGAAUUGUUUUGUUAAUUAGGAGAUUAUAGCUGAACAAAAUUCCUCGUUUAAUCUUUGGGGCAUUUUUUGGUUUCGAUUUUGUGUCAUCUGAGGAACUGCUUCUAAGAAGUUUAUGGUCAUAAUUUUUGCUACUGUUAAUCGGUCUCAUGUUUUUCCCUUCCUGUAGCGUGGGACAAGAGUAUUGGACGUCUGAUUGUUCUGAUAUAGACAAGUAUUGUCACGAUCAUCCUCUA